CGCUAGUCUCUACUCUCCAAAUCCAAAACCCCAAAUCUCACAGAAGGCUCUCGAUCUGUGACUGUGAUGGAAAUGUGAAGUAUGCGAGGCAUCUUGGUUCUCCUCUUGGCCCAUCUCUCUUUCAAUCUCUUGCUAUAGCUUUCUUGCUUGUUUUCUUUCACCUAGCCGGCUUCUACCAGCAAUCUUUUUUCUCUCUUCUGCUGCCGAACUUGCGGAGACCAAUUAAUCGACGUGAGGCACGGUACAGAGAUCGCCGCUGGUUAAAACUGCAACUACAAACAACGAACAAAGUUGAUCCUAUGGAAAGAAGACCAGUAGCUGAUGUACCUGAUGAAAAUAAACUUUGGCAACUGGUAGAGAUAUAUUGUUGAUCCUCUUCACUGUCUAGUGGUUACGAUGCCGUAUAGUAAAGAACCUGCUAAUAAGGUAAUAACAACUUUCAUGUCACCUGCACUGGCCUCAACCUACCUGGCAUUUCAUCCUUUGAACCACAAUAUCAUAACGAUUGUAACAGAAAAUUCAAUCAUUCACAUUUACUAUCUUAGAGUUGAUGAGGUGAUCAGACCAAAAUUCAAGUGCCAUCAGAAACACAUUCCUGGAUUUGCAUUUUCUGUCAACCUUAAAGUCAUGGUUUCAUCAGAGGCUGAUGCUCAAGUUCAACUACGCUUUUGGAACAUGGAUACCUGGGAUAAGAGGAAAUUAGUUAGGAUUCAACUGCCAACUGGAAAGGCGCCUACUGGUGAUACUCAAGUGCAAUUCUACUCUGAUCAAAUCCUGUUGUUGGUAUUGGUUAAGACUCAACCAGCACUAUAUGAUGGUGCCAAAACAGAAUGCAUUCAGCAGUGGAUGCCACGAGAUGUGCUGCCUGCACCGAUAACAUGUGCAGCAUAUUCCCCGAAUAAUCAACUCUAUGGGGCUUUAUCUGAUAGCAAUGUUGCAGUAUUUGAUACUGACAGUCUGAAACUUAGAUGUCGUAUAGCCAUGUCAGUGUACUUUGUAGAAGCAUCCCGCAACAGGUUCAAGGUUCCUCAACCUGGUUCAAACGCUGGGAUUGGUGCUGUGCUAGUGACUGCUCAGGAAGUGGAAGCUCAUAGUGAAAAGGGUCUGCUUGUUGGAGCGGUUGCAGAGAGUGAUGCUACUGAGGACCCCAUUUUUCCUGGAAAGCGCAUGAGCAAGAUGAAGGACGCAGCUGGGGUAUCUCUCAGAGUAUUUUUGGCGACACCAGGGGGAAGAUUUUUACUGUUGCUGAGACUGAGCUCAACAAAACUGCUGCUGCUCUGCUGAUCUCCAAGGCAGUUGAAUACACAACACUAGUGAUUUCACUACUGCUUCCAUGAUCCAUCUUUAGUCUUUUCGAUUUAGGGUUUGAAGUAGGAUGCCCGGUGCUAUAAUGGUCAUGCAUGGCAUGUAUUUUGAAGAGAAAACAAGUUAAUAUGGCGGCUGAACAGAAAUUAGUUGGCUUAGUCGCGGUUUUAUUCUGAAGAGAA